CAGCCUGGAUGGGGUCUGUUCUGCUGAAUCCUUAUGACGUCCUGAGGAGGAUUUGGGAAUCUCCAUGACGAGGUGACCUUCAAUUAAAAUAAAAUAAUAAAUGACAUCAAGCAUCCACAGCUGUUCUGGGAUGACUCAAUAACUCACAGCCCCAGCAAGGAGGAGGGCAGAGGGAAGCAAUCCUUAAGUCACUGCCUGCAUACAGUACAGCAGGAUGAGGCAGUGGUUUGCAAACAAGCCCACUCAGAGUCCUGCUGCCUAUUUGACUGUUGCCCACUGAAAUCAAGUUACACAUCUAAUGCAGUUUGCUAAACAAAUUCUUCUGUGUUAUUUCCAUCUCUCUGGGUUCUAUUUAAACUGAUUUCACGGCAACUGUUGAGACUGCAUCCCCUGCCCCCAUUUGCUCUCCUGCAUUUUAAUGCUUUUGUGAAAUAUUUUCACCCCCAAAUAGGGAGAUUAUGAUCCCUGAGCUGCUGCUGUGCAUGAGCUUUGGUUGCGCAGCAGCCCUCAAACCCAGCUGCCUCUCAGCUCAGUUUAGGAGACCUGGUGACUACAUCAUUGGAGGCUUGUUCCCUUUUGGGAUGGACACCAUCAACCUGACAGCACGAUCAGAGCCCACCUUAAUUGUGUGUGAAAGGUUAUUUGUAGAUGGGCUGAUAUGGGCCCUCGGGAUGAAGUUUGCUAUUGAUGAGAUCAACAACUCCACGUCGCUUCUCCCAGGAGUGGUGCUGGGCUAUGACAUCUACGACACCUGUUUCGAGCCACUGGCAGCCCUACAGCCCAGCUUGCUGUUUGUGACCCAAAAUGGCACAACUGACAUUGGCAUAGCAUGCAACUACACCGAUUACCAGCCUCGCAUCACUGCUGUGAUUGGACCACAUCAGUCAGAUCUCUGCCUGCUGACAGCCAAACUAUUCAGCUUCUUCCUGAUUCCACAGGUCAGCUAUGGGGCCAGCAGUGAGAAGCUCAGCAACAAGGAGCUGUACCCAUCCUUUUACCGAACUGUUCCCAGUGACAAGAACUUGGUGGAAGCUGUGGUCCUUCUGCUGAACGAGUUUGGAUGGAACUGGAUCGCCACCAUUGGAAGCGAUGAUGAAUACGGCCGAGGAGCCCAGGAGCUGUUCUUAAGCACAAUUGGAAAUAGUAGCAUCUGCAUUGCUUACGAGGGCCUAAUUCCUUCAGACCUCACAGACCCCAAGGCUGAGAAACAACUGGAAAAGACCAUUCAGAACAUUAACAAGAUCAAUGUCAACAUUAUUAUCCUGUUUGCCUUUCAACAGCCAGUCCAGGCCCUGCUGGAACAGAGCAUCAAGAUGGGACUAAGCAAGAAGGUCUGGAUUGGCACUGAAGCAUGGGUGUUGUCUGACAUAGCUGCCUCCAUCCCAAACAUUCAGAGCAUUGGGACAGUCUUAGGCUUCAUUAUGAAAGCAAGGACUGUCCCUGGCUUCCAGAAGUAUGUUGCCAACCUUCUCAGCUCUGUUCAACAGGAUGAAUUUUGCCAGAAAUCCAGAGAAUUCUACCGCCACGUGAGCUCUGACAUGCUGGGUACACAAUGCAAACAAUGUGACCACAUCUCCCUGCACAACAUCUCCUCCAUCCUAAGCCACUCCCAAAUACAACCGGUGUACAUCGCAGUCUACAGCGUGGCUUACGCGCUGCACAGAGCGCUGGGGUGCACCCACCAAGGGUGUCCCAAAGCAUCCAUCAGAUCUUGGCAGCUGCUGCACUUCAUGGAUACCGUCCCAUUCACGGUGAACGGCCAAAGUUUCAGGUUUGAUGAAUCCCAUGGCACAAAUGCUGGCUACAAGCUUAUAUUCUGGCACUGGGAAAAUGGCAGCCUCACACAUCUGCCUGUGGGAGACUACCAAGAAUCCUUGUACCUCAAUAAGUCCCUGAUUCAAUUUCACACUACAGAUCAAAAGGAGCCCACAUCAGAAUGCUUCAGAGAGUGCGAACCAGGGCAAAUCAGGCAGAUCAAAGGAUUCCACCUCUGCUGCUAUGACUGCACAGACUGCCCAGAAAACACCUUCUGCAGUUCUAAAGACAGCUCCACCUGCACUCCCUGCCUGGAGCACCAGUGGUCCCCUGCCAGGAGCACGCAGUGCUACGACCGCAGCGAGAGAUUCCUCCGUUGGGAUGAACCACUCACAGUUGGCUUGCUGGUAUCCAUGUCCAUCAUCAUAUCCCUGAUCUGUCUGACAGCCGUGCUCUUCGUUAAGAACCUCAACACCCCCCUCGUGCAGGCUUCUGGAGGCAACCUGAACCUCUUCGCCUUGUUUGCGCUCGUGCUGAUGUGCCUCAGCUCCUGCCUCUUCAUAGGGAAGCCCCAUAACAACCUCUGCAUGAUGCAGCAGAUUCUCUACGCCCUGUGCCUCAACGCCUGCUUCUCCACCUUCCUCACCAAGUCCCUGGAGAUCGCUCUGCUGACAGAAUUCCCCCGCUGUGCCCGCGCUGCCCUGCGCUGGGUGACGCCGAGCAGAGCCUGGCUCCUUGUAGCCCUGUGCCUCCUCACUGAGUGCCUCUUCUGUUUCUGCUACCUGCACCUGGGCCCUGACUACGUGCUGCCUGACUACAGCUCGCUGCCCACGGAGGUUCUGCUCACGUGUAGCACCGCCUCCUGGCUUGCCUUCGCUUUGAUGCAUGGCUACAACGGAUGCUUGGCCUUCGUCUGCUUCCUGUGCACGUUCAUGGUACAGACCUCUGGGAAGAAGUACAACAUGGCCAGGGGGAUCACAUUUGCCAUCCUCAUCUACUUCAUCAUCUGGAUCUUCUUCGUUGCCGUCUUUGCCACUCUGAGGACAGUCCUCAGGUCUGUGAUUCAGAUUGGUACCAUUCUGAUGGUCAGUCUGGGUAUUGUGGGGACCUACUACAUCCCCAAAUGCUACAUCCUCUUGCUGAAGCCUGAUUUGAACAGAGAGGAUUAUUUCCAGUACUCCCCCAAAGAGGAGCCAGAGGGAGACCCUCAGUAAACAGGCAACAAACCAGAUCCAUUGUAGCCUCAUUAGAAGUUGGCUGUAUUUUAUAUCAUAUCAUAUCGCAGAAUCAUAUCAUAGAAUGGCCUGGGAUGAAAAGGACCACAAUGAUCAUCUAAUUUCAACCCCCCUGCUAUGUGCAGGGUCUCCAACCACCAGACCAGGCUGCCCAGAGCCACAUUUUAGCAAGAAUACUCUGUUCAGAAUGACUCUAUUAAGGUAUGAUGCAAACUCGAUCGCCAAUUUAAUGUAACUGAUGUGAAACAAAAAACUAAACCUUCCAAAGCCAAUGCCUGAAUUUGUGUUUUACAUGGGGGAAAAAUAAAUAAAUAAAUUCUUCAUUUGGACACAAAAACUACAGAAACCAUUUUGAGGUAUAAGGGCAGCUGUGUGUGUGACAUGACAAGCGUAUGACCCAUUCAAAUAUCAAUUCUCUCAUUUGUGUUUCAUUAACAUGUGAGCAAACAUGGAAAUGAGGACGAGGCACACAGAAAUGAAGUGCAAAUCACACUAUCACAGUCGCUCCAAGAAAUCCCUUCCAUCUCAAAUCACAUGCAAAGAAUGGGGAGGAACACCUCUUACCCACAGGGACAUUCUGCAAAGGGGACAGAAUGAAUCAAACACUGUAAGCACCAGGAAACACCCUUAAUCUCUGCAGCACAUCCUGUUCACUGCACAGGAGGAGAAUUCUCAGCUCCAAGAAGGGCAGUGCUUUGCUCCAUUCAAUAUCAAAGUUACAAAAUGGGUAACAGUGAGAGUUUCAGAAGGCAUGACAGAUGCUCAUAAAGGAAAAAAACAGACUGACCCUCAGAAAAGCUGCUUGCUACCCAUCCCUAGUCAAUAUCUAGCUAAUAUUAUGAAUGUUCUACAUCAGUUACUGAAUAAAUGAUCAUCUUUGAAAGUGCUGAGCGUGGGGUUCAAUGGAAGAAGGUGUGAGUGUAACCCUCUGUAAACCCACAAGGCAGCAUUACAUAUUACUGCAUGCCAACUUUCCCAAACCUAUUCUUCUGUACAUCAAAGCCACCUCUAAUUGCCAGCCUACCUGCUUACAACACCCAAAAGACAGCAAAACUCUCACCUGAAGCCUGGAGGUCCUCAAGACUGGAAAUAGCAGCAAGUCUUGGUGAGCAUUCUGUGGUACCUGAGGGUCUAAGAAGCAUUCCUUGCUGCAGUGCUGUGAUUUCAUAGCAGAACAGCAGAAAGGGAAAAGUCCCUGACUGUGUUGCUCAGCCAUCCUCAUCUACUUCCAACCACCUGCAGACAAUUCAAACCAGUUCACAGACAAUUUAAACUGGUUCACAGCUGGAACCCAUCAGGCCCCUGCACUAAUAGGCUGCACAGUCCAAAUUUUGGACCAUUUUCACCUGACUAGAACUGCCCUGCAUAAGCUAACAUGGUUUGAAAAGCUGGAAUAUCUGCCUCCUGAAGCUGUGAUUGCCACUUGUAGGUGAACCACUGAGCUUGCCUCUGCUGCAGUUUGCAUGCAGCAUCUGGAAGAAAGGGAAUAUCCACAUGAACCAGCUGGAUACACAGAGAGGAUCUACCAGCAGAUCCAUCUCCUGGCUUUGCAGGCAGGAAAACUUGCUCCAUCCCAUGUCUUUGUAACAGGAUGCUUUUACUUCCAGAAAUAUUCCUCAGCUUUUCCUUUAUACUUACGCCUGCCAAACCAUGACGGGGGAAAGGCUGGUAAUUAAGAGCUUGGGGGAUUUAUAUUACUAUUUUUGCACCAAUUUAUUCAUCGCUAGCUCAAAGCUGCAGAACUUCUGAUGAGUGUCAGGGCCUCGUGUUUCCAAUCAGAUGUCAUUAAUCUGCACAGCUUUUCAGCCACCUGUGACCCAGUUCAGCUGUGUACACAUACAGGGCUCCUGUCUCACUCUGAGCUGUAAUCAUUUACAAGCACCAUUAAAACAGGGCUCCUGGCUGCCUACCAUCAGCUCCUGAAUGUUUCUUCUUUUGCAGAGAGGGCAGGGAGAAAUAGAAGUAACUAAAAAAAAAAAAGAGGCUAAGAUUCUUUUUCAUUCUUCUUGAAUUAUAGAUAGUGCAGUAGUGCAAAGAACUGAAGACAUACACUGCAGUUAUCACAUAAAAUUAAAAGCUUUUUAGUGUUUAAAAUAGCAUUUACACAUAAGCAGCUAUAUAUUAACUAUACAGACACUUGGGUUUUAAUACAAUAUCUACAAAAAAGAAUUCAAUUAUGCAAUAGACAUUUAACAGGAACAGUGCAGUCCAUGCCAUUAAGAGGUCACUCUUCGAGUAGAACCAAAUCUAGAAGAGGUGAUAGUCUGGGUUUUCAUUAUUUAAAAUCAUGUAACUUUGUUCCUCUACUGUACAUAAAAUUCUUUACAGGUAUUUCUAAUCACUGAUUAGAAUUAAUAAUUUUAAAUCAAUCUUAUUACAAUCCAGUUAAAUGCAAAACAAAACAAAACAAAACAAUUACAUCGACUCAUGAGCUGUCAAGUCUCAGGAUGGGACUGCCCACUUAGAACAAAAAUUAUAGCAAAAGUCAAUGUCUGUGCAUCACUGCUCACCAUCCAAUAUACCUUUGGAUAAAGUGUCCAGGGGACUGUUACCUUUGAAAAGUAAAUUUAUUAAUGGGAGGUAAAAGACAAUAGCAGUGCUUUUAAGACUACUUGCCAAACAAUGGUACUCCUCAGAGUUAAUACAUCAGCCCUCCCCUCCCCACCCCAAAUUCUACCUCCUUUGGAUAGGAGACGUCAUCCCAAACUGUUUUCUCCAAGUUUCCAAACAUACCUCUUAGUCCUCGUCCCAGGCUGCUGCCAGGUAUGUGUGAAUGCUAAGCCCAGCUGCAGGGCAGGUGAUGAAGAUCUCAAUUCCAGAAAUUAGAAAAAAAAUGUCAACUAUUUAAGGCUCCUGUUGUGGGGUUGUUUCAGUGCCCCGUACAGCAAACCCACCACUUCUCACUGUAGUCUCAGGGGGUGGGUCAUACAUUCUAGAGCUCAGCCAGUGCCAGGUAUUUGACUUUAAUAUCAUUUUCAUGCCCUGAUAAGAGACAGUUCUGCAGGACUCCAGCCUUCAAACUUUCCUCCGCCUGGCAUAGCACCUCUAUCACAAGUAGCUUCAUUGGCAUCAGCAGCACUUCCUUCUGCACCUUGUGCUGCACCCAACAGGAGAAACUUGCACAGUUAGGCCCUAGCCCCCUCUAUUGCAAAGACAAAUGCACAUGCAUUGAAAGCCAAGGGUUUGGGAAAUCUUCUGUCUUCAAUCACUUCUGAAUAUCAAGCGCUAGCAAUGUUUCAGGCCAACCCUCCCCUUACCUCCAAGCAGCUGUAUGCUACAAGGGGAGGAACGUCAGCUUUUGUUUUUCCACAUGCAGUGGCCAUUAUGGAUUGCACUGUUGACAAAAUGGUCAUUGACAUUUCCCAGCUCCUCUCGCAGGCUCUACGUGCUGCCAACCAGCCAGCAAACCCAUCAGUGCGCUCAGAGCCGUUCUGAUCCACGGGUGAAGCUUUCAGGCCAGCAGAGAAAUGCACUCCUACACCUCUGCAUGCACUGCCAGCCUCGUUCCAGAGUGACCCACAGACACAGAAGUAUAUAACACAGUCAUUUCAACAUUGCAGCAAAGACACAGAACAGUUUCUGCCAACAGCACAACGACGAGACGAAAAAAAGAAAUCAAAACCCAGCAGGUGUGUAAGCUGCAGCUCUGGAAAAAACGUGAGGAAAUUAAAUACAAUUCUUCCAUCGGCGAAAGCUCAGCCCCUGGUUUCUGUCCAUUUUGGCAGUAUCAAAAUGACAGUCUUUUCCUCCAGCCCUGCACGUUCUGCCUUUAGACAAAGUGGGCCAGAAAAAUCCUAGGAUGUAAGAGCCCAGAAAAGUUACACUCGAUUUAAAAGCAGAACCACCAGUGAUUGUCAGGAAAGUCGCAGACUCCUCAACAGUGUUCUCCUGGAAACAUAGGAGAAGUAUUCAUUUAUUUUUUUUUUACCCUGAUUUAUCUCAUUGCUUUCAAUGUCAAUCUCUCCAAAUGGUUUACUCGGUUUAAUUAGUGCCUUUGCUGCAUUUGUGGGAGGAGAAAAGGGAAGAAAGGUCACAGCUGCACAGCCAAGUGUUAGGAAGUGCCAUUCUUCUGAAUGAGCCACCAGCAAGUCUGCCACUAAGAGCAGCCCAUUGGAUUAUGAAGAAAGCACAACUGUGAAGAUGCUGUACAGCUUUAGGGAGAUUUUCUGAAAGAAGCAGUCCAAAACCACUCAGCUGGUUCCAAUGUAAUUUGGGUUCCUAGUCUGAGUGAUUGCUUCCUAAAAACAUUGCUUCCUUAAAACCCUGCUUCCUUUGAAGUGAGACUUCAUUAUCUGCUCAACACGGAUGUUUGAAAUCUGGACUCGGCUCUUGUAUAAAGGAUGGAUGUUUGCACACAAAUCUGCCAUAAGAAGUAAUAAAAGUCUAUCAGAAUGAACAAUGUGCAAAAUGGAAAGCUUGAGGAGCAGUUUUCCAGGGUGACACAGGAGCACAAGCUGCAUGUGUUUAGUGAGAAAGACAUGUUCACUUUUGAUGCUCAUACUGGAUAGUCACACCACCCAUAAAGCAUGGAAGAUACCAAAAAGAAGCUUCUCAUCAGUUAAAAAAAAAAAAAAAAAAGGCUUA